AUGUCUCGUCCCCAAACUUCUUCGCAUUGUAUUUUCGAUGACGAUGAUUACCAAUUCACACCGAAAAUGGUGAAACAAGAGCCAGAUGAGGAGAUCCCCGAAGCUGCAACAGAAGUCGAGAUCGUGGAAGAUUCGGACGCAAGCUAUGACGACGGGGAAUAUUCAGAAGCCGCGGUGCCUCAUAAUUUCAAGGAAACACUGCUCGAGCAUAUCCUUCCGUAUGCCAAAUAUUUGAGCGAACCCGCGACAAAGACGCAAUAUUACGAUAAAAUACAGAUGGAAAUGCAACCAAAGUGUCCGAGAAUCCGAGGCCGCCGACUGCGGAAGCUCAUCCGGAGUUACUGGAGCCGAAUGCGAUUGGCGGCGGAGAAGAAAGUCAAUGAGAAGCGCCUUCUGACCGAGGUGAGUAAAAUUUUCAUUUGUCUUUGGGAUUACAAUGGAAGUAUUUACCCGUAGAGUUUGACUCAUUUCGUUCCAAUUUUAAAUGCAAGCAUGUCCUUUUGGGACCUAGCUAACCCUUCAAAAUCAGUUUGAAUAGAGUGACAGACCUCAUCCAGUGGCAAAAAUGUACCAUUUUGCAUCCGGGAAGUAUCAAAAAUUGUAGCAAAAUGCCUCCCUCUCGAAAUGAAAAGCUUCGUUUUGAAGGGUGCGCUUAUGAAAUCGGAGUUCUUUCACUUGGAAAGGGAGGUAUUUUGCAAUAUUUUUGAUACUUCCCGGAUGCAAAAUGGUACGUUUUUUGCCACUGGAUCAUGGUCUCCACUGUAGUCAGCCCUUCAGAGCCAGCUUGAAUAUAUCGGUGAGGCAGACCAGGCCUUGAUAUCCACCGAUAUAUUCAGGUGUCAGAGCAAAGAAAAUUAGUAUAACAGCCAGUAAACUCCAGUUUUUCGGCAAGCCCUUGUGACCUCGCGAGGAAGAAUGACGUCUUUUUAUCAGUCUCUAGGCCUGCAAAAAUCGUUCAAAAUCCCACUCACGCCUGCAAGAUUUACAGGAAUUGCAUGCAAGUUAGGGUCAGACCGGAUAUUGAUAAAUUUGGAAGCAGGAGCACUUACCCAAAGAAACUAAUCAUUUUCAGCGAGACCGUCAAAUUCUUAAUGCCAUUGGCCGCCCCGCUGGAUCAACAAAGCAUCCAUCCAAAUCAAGCCAUGACCAACCCUCUUCUUCAACUUCCUCUGCCCCAAGAGCGCCUGAAUUCGUCCUUCACGACGUUGUUUGCCAAGCCGUGAAACCGUUCGCUCGCCAGAUGAAAGUCGGCCGAGAUCCAACUAGUUCCAGGUUAUGGAAUUCAAUUGCCGACGAGUUGGCGGCAAAAUACCCGAAGUUGAAAGCCGAGCCGAACUUGCGGAGAACUAUUCAAAACACUUUUUGGCAGGUUAGAGCAAGUGCCAGAAAGAAGCAGCGACGUAGAUGCAAAUUGAAUCCGGUAAGGGGCAGAGAGUUACAUAAGAAAUAACGAAACGUAUUUUAGCAAAUGAAACUUUGACUGCGCACGCCAAUCCAAAAAGAAGAAAAAAUUUCCCGCCCCUUUUUGGCGAUUCGUUCAAAACGAAAUGUCACUAUCCGAUAAAAAGCAUUUUCUUGUCUUUCUUCUUCCUUUUCGAGAAAAAGCAAUUAUUUCGGGCGAAAAAAGGUGCCGAUAAUUUCAUGACAUUUCGUCUCUCUUUUAAAUCAAUGAAAACGAUACGAAGUUUCGAAACGGAUCAGGAAAUCCGCUGGAUUGACGUGCAAGGUCUAAUUACCGAAAAUUCACAAGAUAUUUCAGCAAAUGAAACUUUGACUACAACUUUUCAGAACGAACAAAUUGCCAUAUUGGCUGAGAGCAAUGACGAUGAAGUGACGUCCGACAGCGAAGAGGAAGAACUGGACGACGAGACCCGGGAAGAAUUUGAAAUGUCCGUUUGCAAGGCCGUUGUUGGCCAUCCGCUUUUGUUGUCGACUCAAAAGCAGAGAAGCGACCCACGACUGCCGGGGAUGUGGCUGGAUGUGACCGCAACAGUUCAUGCGGAACUUCCCAAUGUCCGUGGGAAAAGUUUGCACGAGGUACGGAGAGUUUGGACAAAUCACAGACGAAGGGCGUUGGAAAGAGAGGGAACGAACAGAAUGGAUAAGGUAAGCGCAAACUUUGACAACUUUGUCCAGAAAGUUCGUUCGUUUUUUCAUUGCUUUGUUUUACAAGGAUUGUUUGUUGUUUGGCAAAGGGUAUAUAUUUAUUUGAUACAGCUUUUUCUCCUCUACAAAACUGUGUAUUUACAACUUUCUGGACGACCGAAUACAACUCAUUACAUAAAAUUUUAGAUCGACAAAUUCGUACUAGCUGCGUUGAAGAAGCGCGGUGCUACAACGACCCCACAAUCGACCAAAUCGAAGGACGUUGGAGAGCCCAAAACUGAGGAAGAACAUAGGGACGUCCCAUCCUCAUCCACGAAGGAUGAAGAGCCAUCUCCAUCGAGUUCAAGAAGACCAAUGAGAGCUUGCCGAAUAGAGUCGUCACCACCGGAAAAGAUAGAUGUAGAGAGGACGCUGAAGAGGAAGAAAAUGGGGCUUCGAGUCCCCGGAGGCUCAACGGAAUUAAAACAACUUCCAGAACCGUCUGUAAUCAACCGAAAAAGAAGGAUGAGCUCGGCAAUCGAACUGGCUAGAUCGCCAAACGCCGAGACCGAAUCCAGACCCACCACGGCAAAUUCGAGGGAAACUAGCAGCACUGUAAGUCACGUUGGGAAUCUUACGGCCUUCUAUUACAACUUUUAUUUUUUCCAACAACUGGAGGUGAUGUAAACACAACUUUUCAGCCCCAACCAGACAACCGACUUCUCUCCCUCUCCGACUGGUUCAAAGUGGUCGAUUUCUCCAAACGAAUGAAUCUAAAAUACCGAGUGGAUGGGAAUCAAAUCAUCUUUACGGACAGAGAUGCACCUGACAACGAAUUCCGACUUCCGUUGGAUCGAGUUGGCUUUGACAUUUGA